AUCCACUCAAAAUACAUGAUACUCCACGUUCCUACACUGAUUCGAACAUCGAUAUGCUGUUCUCCCUCCCGUGUUGGAUACUGCUUCAUUUGUUUUUAGUAUCUGAAUGGAUACUCGUAGGCCGUGCCAAUAUUUUUGCGCUGUCUUCGGUGGUAGCGUUAGGUGCCAACAUCAUCUGCAACAAGAUCCCCGGCUUGUCGCCACGCCAGAGAUCUAUAUGUCAGACACGUCCCGAUGCCAUCAUAGCUAUUGGCGAGGGUGCUCAGAAGGGGCAGGAGGAAUGUCGCUGGCAAUUCAGGAAUUCACGAUGGAAUUGCACGAUGCCCGACAACACAAACACGGGAAUGUUUGGUCACACGUUACCCGAAGGCAACAAGGAAGCCUCUUUCGUCUAUGCUAUAAACUCGGCUGGAGUAGCGCAUGCAAUUACACAGGCAUGCAGCCAGGGCAAUCUAACGAACUGCAGUUGCGAUAAAACGAAAGAAAAUGGAUACACCGAAGACGGUUGGAAGUGGGGCGGGUGCAGCGCUGAUGUGGACUACGGUAUUCGGUUCUCACGCGUCUUCGUUGAUGCCCAAGAGACGGAGAAAAAUGCCCGUGUUCUGACAAAUCUACACAACAAUGAAGUCGGCCGUCUGCUUCUGUCAGAAUGUAUGGAUCUGGAAUGCAAAUGCCAUGGCGUGUCCGGUUCGUGUACAAUGAAAACGUGCUGGACCACACUACCGGCGUUCAGAACAGUCGGCACCACACUUCUAGAAAAAUACAACAAAGUCAGACAAGUCGAACCAGUCCGCGCCAGGCGCACGAGGAGACCGGCGUUUUUAAAAUUGAAAAAUUCGAAAGAUUUUCGCAAACCGCCAAGAAAAAGCUUAGUUUACCUACACAAGUCGCCCAAUUAUUGCGAAUACGACCCGAAAGGUGGAUCAUCCGGUACGGUUGGUAGAAGGUGCAAUCGGACGUCGACGGAAAUUGACGGGUGCGACUUAAUGUGCUGCGGACGUGGCUACAACACACACCAGUACACAAAAACUUGGCAAUGUAACUGUAAAUUCCACUGGUGCUGCUUUGUGAACUGUAUCCAGUGCAGCGAACGAACAGAGGAGUACACAUGUAAAUAAUAGGUACAUACUAUGAAUAAUAUAAUACUACAAUUCGACAUAGUCCCGUGCUGGGCCGUGCAAACUACACUACAAUGAAACCAUUUACGAUUACACUGCCACUUGUUUUUUUUAGCAUUAACAAUUAUUCACUAAACAUUAACAUUUGUUAUAGAGUGUAGUGUCUUGGUGCUCAUUGCUAGCAUAUUAUAUUUAAAAAAAAAACUUCUCUAUCGUAAAGAAUUUCUGGGGGAAAUGUUAUAUUUUGACGUGUUGCUGCAAAUCUAAUUAAAGUGUGACGCCACUCGACUGACUAUCAUGAAUCGAAUUCAUGAUUAAAUGCGGCAUAAUAUAGCAAGUUGCAUUAAUAAAAGAUAAGGUGUUAUUUGUGGCAUGUACGUUUCGUUGUAUGUCAUGCCCGGUCCUGGCUUGUAGUUGUAUAAAUAUGAUGCUUAUUCGAAAGAGAUACUCGUAGUGAAGUUUGUUAGUUGGAAUCGUUGGACUAAAUGCAAUUGUUAAAAAUAAACGAUGUGAAAUCCGUGGCGCAACCGAUGUAUAUACCAAUCACCAGAGCAGAAUUAAAAUAUGCAUUGAUACUUGAGAUUAUAUUCACACCCUUGUCGUAAAUCUUCGCCACUUUGCGGCAACUUCGUAUGUUUAUUGCGAGAAUGGAAUAAAAACGACUAGCCCGUGAAAAGAUGGUUAAAACCAGAGGUGAAGCAUUGUUGUUAUUAAUGGCUGUAAAUAGUCUGUGUUCACACUUACAUCGCAUCAAUUAACAUGUAGUUCGUCUAUACAAGGCUAAAGUUCUACAGUCGCCGCCAUACGAGUCUCAUUUGAUGUAACCAACGCGUGUAUAAAAUGUGUACAUUAUUCGUUUACACAAAAUUCUACAGCGCCCUGCUUGACGACUGUGUUGAGACGACCAACCUUUCACAAUAGACUAUGAUAAGAAUGCUUUCCAUCGUACAGGUUUUAUUUUUAAGGGUCGACAAAUUGGGGUUGAAGGCGAGGUGUUUCAGUUCCCGCAAUUUCAUAUCCAGAUACAUUUCUUUACCGUCCCGGUAAAAAAUUGCUCUACCUCAAAAGAAGAUUGUGACAGACUUGGUGGCGUACUUGGAUAUCAACACAAGUUGUUUAUUAUAAAACACAUUGUACUAUUCUAUCAUGAAGCAUUCCUUUCCCUUCAUUUUGUAAUGUACACUUUUUGCUAACUGUAUUUACAUUUUCUUUUUUGCUAUUUAUGAUAAAAUCUUCAAAUAUAUAUUAAAAA